AUGUCUGACUCAUUCUUCUCCGGCGGAGACUUGUUGUCUGCUGUGGCACAACGCAAAAUCGCUCGCACUGCUCGAAUAUCCAGCUGGGAUCAGUCUGGACUGAAUGAAGAUGCUUUCGUGGUCUUGCCAGGCAAGACAGCGGUCUUGGCCGACAUCGAAGGCCCGGGCAAAAUUACCCAUUUAUGGUUCGUCCAAACCUGCCGCCGGAUUCUGGGUCCCGGUCUCAUACCAUACUCCAAGUCUGGCGUUGCGAUGAUGGAAAUACACAACGCUUUGGGCUUGAACUUCGAAGACAGUGACCCGGAUUACUAUCGUAAAGUGAUCAUCAAGAUGUACUGGGACGACUCAGAAACUCCCAACGUCCUAGCUCCGAUUGGCGACUUCUUCUGCCUAGGACAUUCAAUGGCAGCCAAUUUCCAAUCCUUACCAUUUACCGUGUCCGUCAAGCCAUCUGAGGAGAAAAAGUUUGGAGGCGCGGCUGCUUUCAACUGCUACCUGCCAAUGCCGUUCAACAAACGCGCCCACAUUGAAAUCGAAAAUCAAGGUGAAGAUGCAUAUUUUCAAUACUUCUACAUCGACUACGAACUGCACCCUGCACCUUUUGACCCGAAAGAGAUUCUUUAUUUCCACGCUCAUUGGCGGCGUGAGAAUCCUACAAACGGUUGGGCUCCUGACAAUCUGCAAACAAAUAGCCUCGAAACACAGGUGCCAAAUCUGGACGGAAAGGGGAAUUACACCAUAUUGGAAACCACUGGGUCAGGAACAUAUAUUGGGUGCAACCAUUCGGUCCUUCAUUUUCAGGGAACUUGGUGGGGCGAGGGCGAUGAUAUGAUCUUCAUUGACGACGACGAGUGGCCUCCCAGCAUGCACGGUACUGGCGGAGAGGAUUACUUCACUCAAGGGUGGGGGAUGCAGAAGAAUGCAUAUCCUUUUUGUGGAACUAUAAUCCACGAAGAAGACGUUCCUGGAUACCAAGUGUCGUACCGAUGGCAUCUGUCGGACCCUGUCCGCUUCAACUCUAAGAUCAAGGUCACUUUAGAGUCUGGCCACGCCAAUCACUUGCGUGACGACUGGUCAACCACUGCCUACUGGUAUCAGACCCUGCCGGGCCCCAAGCUUGAGAUUCUUCCCAUUACGCAACGGCUGCCUAAUCGGCCCCAAGUCAAAGCACCGGAGCCAGCCGGGCCACGAUCACUGCCAGCGCUGACAGAACUCCAAGUAGAAAAGAUAAAACAACGAGAGGAGCGGCUGAAAGCUUUCGUUGAAGACCGGAAUAAGUGGUUGGAGAGAAGGAGCGCUGCAAGCGUUGAGAGGGCGGCCAAAAACAUCGAGCAUGCCAAAGACGUCAAGAAAAGAUUCCUCGAAAGUUUGAAGUAG